UAUAUAGACUCUUUUUAUAUUAUAAAUGGAUUAAUGGAAUGAAUUUCUUCAGGAUACAUUUGCAGGCUCUAUUGGAGGUAUUACAUUUGUUUUGAGUGCACAUCCAUUUGAGUAAUAUUUAAUAUGUGAUUGUAGCACGAUUAAAGUGAGAAUGUAAAUGGUUUCUGAAAAUAAAUCAAUUCUUAAAACAGCCUAUAAAAUAUUUAAAUAUGAAGGAGUAUUAUUAUCUAUAUCUGUAUUAGCCUUUUGCUUUCUAUAAAGGAGUUAUAUCACCAUUAUUAUUUAGUUUUCCAGUCUCAGCAACAUUAUUUGCAUGUUAUGAAUAAUAUAUGAGAUAUUUCUAAGUUGAUAGAGAUUCGUAUUAAAUAAUGCAUUGUACAUAUAAUUUCAUUUAACAGGGGGUGUUGGGGGAGCUUAUGCUGGAUUUAUAUAAAGUUUUGCCACAAGUCCAUCAGAAUUAUUUAAGAUUGUAUUCCAAAUGUAAAUCUAAGAGAGAAAGCGUAAAUCUGUUCUAAGAUGCAUUUUUGAAUUUGUCAACAAAGAAGGAAUAGCUGCAGUCUUCAAAGGAGUAAAUUCGACUAUAUUCAGAGACAUUCCUUAAUAUGCUACAUUUUUUAUUGCUUUUGAAUCUACUAAAUAAUAUAUACAAAGUUAGAAAGGAUAUUUAAACAUAUUUGAUUAAUUUAUAGCUGGAAUAACUGCUGGUUUAGUUUGUGUUAGUUUUUCUUAUCCCUAGGAUAUGGUUAAAACAAAAAUCUAAUAUGAAAUUCUUGAAUCGAAAUAAAAUCGAAAAUAUGUUGGAAUUGAUGGUGGUAUUCUGAAGUGCAUUAAAGAGAUAUAUAAAGAUGCAGGUUUUAAGGGUUUUUGGCAAGGAUUCAAUAGUUGUGCAAUCUAUUAUAUGGUAGCAUGUUCAGCCUAAUUGAUUGGGUAUUACUAAUUAAUAUUCAUAGAUAUGAGUAAAGUCGAAUCUUUUGGAAUACUUACGUUAAACAUUGAUAUUUUAUUAUAUUAAUUCUAUUUACACAGUUGAAUAAUAAUAAUUAUUAUUUUUAUGUAUUUUAGAUAGCAAUUCAAACAAUUAUAUAUUUUUCAGUAAACUAAUACCCUAAUCUACCUUUUAUUGGAGAUUAUUUUGUUUAUUAUUCAAAACCUUAAGAGGAGGGUUGCUAUGCUAAGAUUUAUAAAGCUGAAUAGAUGAGUACAAAAUUAUCUAUUUGUGUUAAAGUAAUUAUUUUACUUAAAAUAGAUUCUUUAGAUUACUGUUGAAAAUUAAAACCUAAUUGAUAAAGAAAUCUAAAUAUUAAACAAACUCAAGGCUAUGAAUAAUCCUCAUUUGAUCAAGAUUUAUGACAUUUUGAAUUAGAAUAGUUUACUGUUUAUAUUUAUGGAAUUAUGUAAAUAAAACUUGGGUGAGUACAUAGCCAAUAUUAAGCAAAAGAAUUAAUUAUUAUCUCUUAUUCAAAUAAUAGAUAUUGCCAAAUAGAUUGUAGAUGGUUAUCGUACUUUAUAUUUUAACCAUAUUAUUCAUAGAGAUCUCAAACAAAAGAAUAUAUUANUAUUAAAUAAUGCAUUGUACAUAUAAUUUCAUUUAACAGGGGGUGUUGGGGGAGCUUAUGCUGGAUUUAUAUAAAGUUUUGCCACAAGUCCAUCAGAAUUAUUUAAGAUUGUAUUCCAAAUGUAAAUCUAAGAGAGAAAGCGUAAAUCUGUUCUAAGAUGCAUUUUUGAAUUUGUCAACAAAGAAGGAAUAGCUGCAGUCUUCAAAGGAGUAAAUUCGACUAUAUUCAGAGACAUUCCUUAAUAUGCUACAUUUUUUAUUGCUUUUGAAUCUACUAAAUAAUAUAUACAAAGUUAGAAAGGAUAUUUAAACAUAUUUGAUUAAUUUAUAGCUGGAAUAACUGCUGGUUUAGUUUGUGUUAGUUUUUCUUAUCCCUAGGAUAUGGUUAAAACAAAAAUCUAAUAUGAAAUUCUUGAAUCGAAAUAAAAUCGAAAAUAUGUUGGAAUUGAUGGUGGUAUUCUGAAGUGCAUUAAAGAGAUAUAUAAAGAUGCAGGUUUUAAGGGUUUUUGGCAAGGAUUCAAUAGUUGUGCAAUCUAUUAUAUGGUAGCAUGUUCAGCCUAAUUGAUUGGGUAUUACUAAUUAAUAUUCAUAGAUAUGAGUAAAGUCGAAUCUUUUGGAAUACUUACGUUAAACAUUGAUAUUUUAUUAUAUUAAUUCUAUUUACACAGUUGAAUAAUAAUAAUUAUUAUUUUUAUGUAUUUUAGAUAGCAAUUCAAACAAUUAUAUAUUUUUCAGUAAACUAAUACCCUAAUCUACCUUUUAUUGGAGAUUAUUUUGUUUAUUAUUCAAAACCUUAAGAGGAGGGUUGCUAUGCUAAGAUUUAUAAAGCUGAAUAGAUGAGUACAAAAUUAUCUAUUUGUGUUAAAGUAAUUAUUUUACUUAAAAUAGAUUCUUUAGAUUACUGUUGAAAAUUAAAACCUAAUUGAUAAAGAAAUCUAAAUAUUAAACAAACUCAAGGCUAUGAAUAAUCCUCAUUUGAUCAAGAUUUAUGACAUUUUGAAUUAGAAUAGUUUACUGUUUAUAUUUAUGGAAUUAUGUAAAUAAAACUUGGGUGAGUACAUAGCCAAUAUUAAGCAAAAGAAUUAAUUAUUAUCUCUUAUUCAAAUAAUAGAUAUUGCCAAAUAGAUUGUAGAUGGUUAUCGUACUUUAUAUUUUAACCAUAUUAUUCAUAGAGAUCUCAAACAAAAGAAUAUAUUACUCCUUAGUAUAUCUCACCUCAAGCUUUAAUGA